UCUAAGGCUCAAGUUAAGAUGUUGUUUAGUAUAUGUCGUUUACAUAUUUGUAUAUAGUGAUAAAAUGUUCGCGUAUUUAUUAGUUUUAGUUUAUAUAUAAUUUCGAGUGUGGAUGCACAGUUUAGUGUAAUAAAAUUGGUGAAAGAGUGUUGUGCAAAAUAUAUAAUAAUAUUAAAAGCUGUUAUAUAUACAUACAUAUAAGUGAAGGAAAAAGUGCACUUUAUUAGAGACUGUCUUGAUACAGUAUUGUAAUGUAUGGAAGUUUUACUAACUCACACCAUUUAAACAUUAUCAGUAAAUAUCCUUAAUUAUAAAAACAGUAUUAAUUUCUCAUUACAUUUCAAAUGCUAUGCACAUAAUAAUUAUUUACUGUGCGAAAGUUAGCUUGCUUUAAAAAUAUGUACUCGUAUAUUGAUGUCUUUAGUAGUUACCAUUGUUAUGGUCGCACCCAUUUUAGUAACUGAAGCGGUUUGGUUUUUUAAUUUUGUUUUUUUUUUUUAAGUGUCACGCAAAUUACGAAAUUACGGUUUUUUUCUUCGUGUGAAAUUGCAAAUUGUGCUGUGCGCUGGAGUGAAGGUAAAAUACCAGUACCAAAGCGAAGUCAAAUAAAAAAAAAAAUAUAUCGAUUUGUAAUUCUUGCCAAAAAGCAAUGGUCAUAAUAACAACUCCAUUCUUUUUAUGCACUUAAUGGGCAUAAAGUCUACAGUCUUCUCUAUCAAACAGUCUGUUGGGCCUGUAAAGCGCAGCUAGCUAAUGUGUUUUGUUUAUGAAAUAAAAAUAAAUAAAUAAAAAAACUUUAUAUGCAAUGUGGCUAAUAUAUAAUCAGCAAAAGUGUUCCACAAAUGAUUUUGUACUGAGAAAAAGUAUCGUCUCAAUGAUUCCAAAAUAUCAUUACAAAAUACACUUUAUUAUUGGCUUACUACUCCUGCCAAUAAUAACCUCCGCCCAUAAUUGUCAACAUUUUCAUCCUAAAGCAGAUGAUGUUAUCCAUGGCGUCCGCAUCGAGACGGCUGAUUCACCAUUACACCCACAGCAGACAACCACACAUAGUUUACAAAAGCGAAGCACCGUUACCGCUGACCAACCGCUACGAAUUUUACUCUUCUACGAUGAAUCUGUCUUCAGAUUGGAUGAAGAUAAGUUCGAGUUAAUCAAUAACACAGUAUUACCAGAGGCUGUACAAUUUUGGGAGCAAGCGCUGAUGGUGCGCGAGACAAAGGGUGUUAUUAGGCUGAAUAGAAAAUGCAACAGCACGCAAGUCUUCGUGAAAAACGGCCUGACCCAUUGCAUCGACAACUGUAAAAAGACGACAAUGUGCGGCGAGGUUGAAGUGCCGAAGGAGCAUUUAGAUGUUUGUCGCGUAUGCAAUGCGACUGGACAAAAUUGUCGAAACGAUGAGACCACACAGGCCGGUGAGGGCAUUGAAAAUGCUGACUUCAUUUUCUACGUCUCGGCACGUCAAACGGAACGUUGUCAUAAAGGAUUGACAGUAGCAUAUGCAGCGCAUUGCCAACAGGAAGCGCAUUUGGAUCAACCAAUUGCGGGACAUGCCAAUUUGUGCCCGGAAAGUAUAAGCACUAAGCCACAGGAACUGCAAACUUUAUUAUCUACAGUGAAGCAUGAAAUUCUACACGCACUUGGGUUCUCGGUUAGUCUAUAUGCCUUCUUCCGCGAUGAUGAGGGGCGGCCAAGAACGCCGCGUAAGCCAGAUACAGGGAAACCUUAUUUAAAUGAAAAAUUACAAAUCCAUCAAUGGAGCAAUGAGACAAUACGUAAGGUGGUACGUGAAAAUUGGGCAGUACGCGGUGGUCAUGUACGUAAAACCAUCGAUAUGAUGGUGACCCCGCGCGUUGUUGCGGAAGUGCGUAAACAUUUCGACUGUCCUAUAUUGGAGGGUGCCGAAUUGGAAGAUCAAGGUGGCGAGGGCACAUCCCUAACACACUGGGAGAAACGUAUUUUAGAGAACGAGGCAAUGACAGGUACACACACACAAUCGCCCGUAUUUUCACGCAUUACUUUGGCUUUGAUGGAGGACUCUGGUUGGUAUCGUGCGAAUUAUAGUAUGGCAGCACCAUUAUCAUGGGGUAAAGGUCUUGGUUGCAAUUUUGUUAUGCGCAGUUGUAAGGAUUGGAUACAAGCGAAUAAUGGCAGAAAGUCUAAUGAACGAGAUAAUUGGCUGGGAGGCCGCUCAAUUCAUCCAUUUUGCUCGAAGGUAAAGCAGGACCCCUUGCAAACAGAAUGCACCGAUGAUCGCAAUUCAGUUGCUUUAUGCAAUCUAAUACGCCAUGAUUACGAAUUGCCCAAGAAAUAUCAGAACUUUGACAGUAUAAAUCAUGUGAAGAGCGGUGAAGAAGGCUACUACGGUGGCUCUGUAUCAUUGGCUGAUCACUGUCCCUAUAUACAGGAGUUCACGUGGCGUAGUAAGAAUGUAGUUGUGCGUGGCUCGCAUUGUCGCUUUGUCGAGAAUAAUCCAAAACCAGAAAAGAAUUUCGCCCUCGAAAGCUAUGGCAUUGGUUCGAAAUGCUUUGAUCACAGCGAUUUCAUGUGGGAAGAGCGUUCAUGUCAUCAGACGCGUGAAUGGCAACACUGGGGUUCCGGUUGCUACAAAUAUGAAUGCUCCGAUGGACGCUUGCAUAUAAUAGUGGCAAAUUACACGUACACUUGUUUCUUCCCGGGUCAGACACUUUCGAUACGCAUCAAUGCGAAUGGUUGGCUACAUCGUGGCGCAGUGAUUUGUCCGCCAUGUCAGGAGUUGUGCGGUGAAGUCUUUGCCGAGAGGGAGGAGCAGUGUCGCAUGCGCGAAGAAGCACCGCCGGCUAAUAAGUAUCCACGUGAUACGCUGACGUGUGCAGCGUGUCGCGGUGUGGCUAUCUGCCAAAUAUUAUUGUUUGUUGCCAUAAUUGCUGCAUUUAGUUUGCGAAAUGCGCAUACGCAUUUGCUUGGUUAUUUUGGGUAAAAGCGCUGCUUUUGCCAUCAAUUUCGUUUUGUUUUGUAUUUUAAUUUCGGGGUUGUCUACAGUGGAAAGCAUAAUAAUUUCCUUAGUUGCGUUAAGUAUAAUGUGUAAAGUAACUGUAAGUUCAGAUAGGAGAAGCAAAUAUUUUGUGUUAAAUUACUUCAAGUACAUAUAAUUAAAUUAUUUAUAAGUGAUUUGAGCCCGAAUCUGACAGAUCUGACAAAACUCAUAACAUUAAAAAAUCAAUAGGUAGGUAGUUCGUGCAUAUACGGAGCAUAGUUUUAGGCGCACGAAAAGAGAAAGUUUGAACAAAAAGUUUGUCAGUGUCACAUUAUUAUACCCGACUGUACCGUGUACACAGAGUAAAAGGUUGUGUGCAAUUAACUGUUGCAUGCAUGUGGUAGUGUGCUAAAAUGUGGAAAUAUACGCGUAAAUAUAUUAAGAUUUCGAGAAUGAAACGAUAAAACAAGUCGAUUUAGCAAAAGCUAAAAUCAAUCAAAACCGAUGAGAAAGUAGCACUCAUAGCUUCAAAAUUUAAUCCAUAUGAAGAGCUUACUACCAUUUAAACAUAUUUGAGCGUAAUAUGAAUGUAACAUACUCACACUUUUCAUCGUUGACUUUAAUUCUCCAGUCUUUUUUCGAUGACAACUAAAUGGUCUCCAAUUACUUUCGAUGCUUUUGUCGGGCGUUUAUAACGGAAUAAUAUGCCAGUGUCAUCUACGUAAGUGGAUGUUUGUAUAUCCCGAUUGACUGUAGUGUAUAUAAUGUAUAAUAUAGACCCAUAGGGAGUGAUAAGUUCCGAUUGCUUUACGGUAAAUGUCUUGUUAGGCGGAUAUGACUCAAAUAUAUAGGCAAGGUAUUAUACAUUUUGUGUAAUAAAUCUUUGUUUCAAACCCUGUCAAGAAAUAUUGUACAGCAAUACUCGACGAACUCGAAUGCCUUUUUAUUGACCUGUUCUGUAGUACUAUGUUUUGCUGAAAUCUGAAACUGCGCAUGGUCUUUACCUUUACAAGCAGUAGGCUUUGUUAAUUCGUUAAUCUUUAUUCGGUGAUUUUGUACGUGUAUUUUUUUUUUAAAUAUUAACAAAUUGUAACAUUCAAAUAAGGUCUUUUUGAUCAUUUUUUUACCACUGUUAAUUAUUUUAACCCUUUGUUAAAGUUGAACCAACUGUUAGUUAGACUAAUAAAAUAUCUUAAAAAGGAAAGAAAGAUUUUAACGCCAUAAUCGCAAAGCCAAAAUAAUAAAUGCACAUACGGUUGCUUUCAAGCACUGGACUUUCCAGAAGGGCGCUCGCUGCCAAUAUCCUAAUGGCCAUCAACUUUAAUGGAUAUGAUAAGUUAUCAAUUAUGUCUGCAAAUGCUUAGUAAAACUGCUUGAUUCACAAUCAUUGAAAACCUCCGUACAACCAAAACAGUCGGGUACCUAAUGUUCGGUUCUAUACGAAUUUAGAUAUUUUUUUAUAUAAAUUAGUGAGUUAUUGGAUUAAAAAGCCUAUUAGACUAACUGAAAAAAUAUAGAUAAUUAAAGAAAUUUUCCAAAUUAUAUUAAUAAAUAAUGACAAGAUAAAUUGUAAUAAGCUCAAGACUGAGAUCACCAUAUUAGGUACUCAAAAUUACAAUAUUAUUGCCUCCAAAAUUGGCUAGUAAGACAUACCCUAAAACGAUAUAGUUAUUUCAAGUUUGAUUUGGUGAGCAAACUCCCAUACAUAUAUAUUGAUAUACCAAUAUCAUACACACGAUAUAGAUUUAAUAAUGUUAUAAAGUAAUGUAUUUUAAAAAGAGAAAAAAUUAAUUACAUAAUUUUAAUUUUUGUAUUAUGGAACGUGAUUUUGUGAUAAAUUCUGUGCCGACAAUGCCAAAAAAGAAAAUUAAACUCCAUUUGAUAAAGUUCACAUAUGUAUAGUUGUAUUUGGUAGAGUUUUCAAAAUUGGAAAAUUACACAGCUCAGCUCAAUAGCGCUAAAAGCAUGUAUUUUACGCUUUAUCGGCACAGAGUGGUUUGUUCUUUAUUUAACUAUAGUUGAACAUUCGAUCAAGUGUUUUAUGAAUUGGAGCCAUUGUACGAUAACUGAAAUUCCAUUGUUGUUGUAAAUAGGCAAUUAAAUAAUAUACUAUGGGCAUGCAAAAAUAUUUUAAUCUUACUGAAAUAAGUCACUUUCGUUCCUCUGCCAAUUUUAUAAAGGGAUUUCCCAUAAAAAUUGGUAUUUUGAAUAGCCUGCAAAUCCGGUAGAUAUCACUUUUGAAGAUGUAAUUUUCCGACACUUAACAAAUAAAACCCAUGCAAAUAAUAAAAAUGGAACCAUACACGCUUCAACAACGCAUUGAAAUUAUUAAAAUUCAGUACAAAAAUUUAAUAGAAAAAUUACCCUAUCUGAUGAGAGUCAUUGCCACCACGACGGUUACGUCAAUAAACUGACUCGGAAAACCUAAGAUUUAUUGUUGUAAAGCCUUUCCACCCUCAAUGUGUAACGGUUUGGUGCGGUUUAUAAUCCGGCGCGAUGAAAUGACUUUUUAAGACUGCAAUUGGAUGGUAUGGAUCUGGAAAACGAUUAUUUAUGACAAGGCGACUCUACGUUUCCCACAAACAACAAAGCCAUGAAUCUUUUAAGAGGAAAGUUUCUUCGAAUAUCAAACUCCAACUUUUAUUGGAAAACCCUUUAUUAAUGCUCUCCAAAGUUGCUUUUUAACAAAUACACAAAGCGCACUUUUCUCGCUCGUUCUUUAAUAAAAAUCCUGCACAAUACGCCACAAAAGUCAAUUGCACAAAUUAUUGUGUCUAUUUUCGCUUUCUUCAAAAUUUUUCCCCAUGAGUAAUUCGUUUACAGUUUGAAAAUCGUGCUCCGCCCAUAAGAUAUUGCUUAGUUGACAAUUUUUACAUUUUUAAUCAACAUACACACAUAUAUACGAAAAAAUACUGAUAUUCAUAUAGUAUAUACUAAAAAGACAUGCAUACACAUGUUUUGAAACAAGUUGGCAGCUAUUUAGCCCAAACAACCUACUAUUUGAUCGGCAUUAUAACCAAAAUUUAAAUAUCAUCACAGCACUACUAAUUGUUGCUCUAAAUAAGCAUAAUUCAAAAUGUGAUUUAUUUUAUAAAUUUAAAUAAAGUUUUACUUUAAAUUGCUGUUGGUGAAAAAAAGGCUUGUAGAGAAAUUUAAAUAUUAUAUGUACAUACAUUCCCAUUUCAUCACGUUCCCCACUAGAACAUGUCCUACGAAUAUAUGUGGUAUUUACUACAUUAUAUAGAUUAAAUUUAAACAUCGCAUACUCAGUGUAAUUUUAUGUAUAUGAAAGCAUUUUAACUGCCUACUGUAAGGCUCAAUAUUUUAGUAAUUAAUUUAAUGUGUAAAAUAAAUACAAAAACACAAACUUGUAUAAGUAAAUAAGCAACUUAUAGCGAUGCUAUUUAAGGGUGCCACAUACAGGUUUUAAAGAAUAUAAUUAUUAGUAAGUAACUUUAGGAGAAAUAACGAAUUUUAAAAUGAGCAUUUAUAAUUUUUCUAUGUAUCCAUAAAAUAUUUUUCUAUUUCAUUUUUAUUUUGUAUGAUAUGUAUGCUUUAAGGAAUCUGUAUAAAAGAAAAAUUGUUGAAAUUGUUAUUAAUGUUUUAAUUAGUUAUUUUAUUCAUUGAUCAUAUCUGGGGAUGCCAAAAUUUUUUUUACAAACGUGUAACUCACAUAACCAUCCAUACAAAUUUUUCGCAAAAAAAUGUUUUUUUUUUUGUUAUAAAGCGAUAGUUUUCAAUAUAGUAUUUUUUAUUCUGAAGUUUUUCAUUUUAUUUGAAAUGUGAACUGUCGAGCUGUGCAAAAUAUGUAAACUAAUUCUAAUAAAAACCUGUACAUACAAUAAAUAUAUA